GCUUGUGUUCGUCUUCGUCAGCUUUUCGGUCUGCCAGUCGUUUUUCAUCCGUGUUCGAUCGUAGUCGAAAGUGUCUCGGUAGUGGAACUGUAGUAGGUUCGCAUUUUGUCGCGUUUAGAGUGAAAAAAUCCCCUGUUUCCAUUUUCUCCGAUUUGAAAAUCGAAACUUUCGCGUUCUUUUUGCGUUGCAUUGGACGGUAAAACUUCAACCAAAGCCAUCGGAAACGGUAUGCAUUCUACGGUGAAUCUCGGUACGCUCGGAAAUAGAUUGGCAAUGUCUGGGAAAAAGUGAGAAAAGUGUUAGCUUCCCCCUUCGCCGUGGUGGCAUCACAGUGUUGCAGGCUGAAAACCGUGCAGUCAUCGAAAUCAUUUUCCUCUUGGUUGUGCGGCCGUCGCCUGUGCAAAAACGUGAGACGAUCCCCCGCCCGUGUGUGUGAGUCAGUCCCAGUUCCUCGCGACGGCAGUAAAAGUGGCACUUAUUGCGAAAAAAAAUCUGGGUGCUUUGGCUUGGCAGGGCUAGGAAUUCGGCCCCGAAACAGAGAGUGAUCCGUGCGAAAGCUUGGCUGCAAAAUUUCGGUUCGCGACCAGCAGCGUUUGUGUGUGCGCGUUGGUGUCUGGGUUGGGGUGAGGUGAAAGUGCAGUUUUUUUGGGGGCCGGAACGAGCGGGGCUUGUGGCCUGUGUGCCAGUGGACGGACUUUCAUUGCGGAACUAAUAGGAAUACGAUGGUGAAUUUGAACUUGAAUGAUAACGGCGGAAGCGGUAACGGCAACUCGGACAGUCAGGGAUAUCCGCCGGUGCACUAUCUGCACGAGUUGCCCCAGGCCGACGAGGAACGGUUGGAGAAGAUAUUCAAGAAGCUCGACCGAGACGGUAAUGGACGGAUUGAUAUUCACGAUCUGUCGGCGGCGCUGAAGGAGUUCGGGCUGUCCCACCAGUAUGCGGAGGAAUACGGACAUUCGUUAUUUUUUCAGCGAUUUCUUAAGCAAUCGGAUCAAACGCAAAGCGGAGAUGUCGGCCUGGCCGAGUUUAUCCACUAUGUGCGGGAGCACGAAAAAAAUCUGCGGCUACAGUUUACGCACCUGGACAAGAACAAGGACGGCAAGGUGGAUCUGGACGAGCUGAUACUGGCUUUCAAGGAGCUGGGCGUCGAGAUCGAUAACCAGGAGGCAGCGAAGUUACUUAAGAGGAUGGAUAAGGAUGGAAGUUUGAACAUAGAUUAUGAUGAGUGGCGAGAUUAUUUGCUGUUAGCGCCAUCUUCGGAUCUUCAUGAACUCGUCAAGUACUGGAGGCAUUCAACCAAUCUGAAAUACAAUCAAGCGUAUCUGACGAUGAUAGGGCGGGAAAUGCCACCGUCGUAUCCCUUGCCUUCCACUGACAUCCCACCACUUGCGAGCGCCAUUCCUGGGACCUUCCACGGGAGUCGAUCUGAUCUAGGUACCGGCACCACGAUCCCUCCUUUCACUAAUCCUGUUCCUCCUCACCACACUAACAACGUUCCGUCGAUGAGUUCGGACGACCGGAUCCGGGGGACGCUCAACGCCACGCUCGACGACAAUCCCGAUCUUUCCCUGCUCAGUCUGAUCGAUCUCGAGCAAGCGAUCGAACAUGUCACUGAGCUGAUUCUGACCCCCGGCCUGCUGAACUCGGGUUCACCGUCUUCCGCCACCCUUGCCGGUGUAUACAAAUGCAACAAUUCGCACCUGCUGGUGGAUGGUAAGGUACAGUGGAAAAAGGCUUUGUAUUCUUUCAAAAUUACCUGCCCCUCGUGUUUUCGUCGUUGGUGCGCUAAUGCAAAAGAGAAGUAUGCAACUCGUUUUGUUUAUUUUUUUUUUGGUUUCGUCCUCAGUUUAUGCAAGUUUUUCGAUGAUUGCUUGCGGACGUUCUACCCUUAUUACUCCAAAACGAUUUAGUUGCAUAAAGCAGAUCUUAACUGCUCUGCUAGGAUAGCUUUUAUUGUAAUAUUUUAUCAAUUCUAAGCAAGACGCACCUAUCAUCGUUUCAUUGUUUCAUUGCAAACAUCCUGGCAGGAAUCAAAAUUUCGCUUACCACGAAGAUUGUCAUGAUUUCUAUUAUCAUGAUACUCUUUAGGUACAAUAUUCUGGAAAUCAAAAACAUCUUUCGGCCCAAACUUGUUCAAAAUUUAUCAACUGCCUUUUCACCCACACCUUACUCAAAAUUUGUAAUCCUAUUUCAACCCGGAAAACCCAUCGCUCGCCUCGCUUGUUUCACACUCAACCCUCCCACUAUCCCCCUGAUACAGCAAAUUUCGUAAAUCCAAUCGUUUGAUCUAAGAAAUCCUGUACCGGAUCAUUUGCCACCAGCAGUAGCUCUUUGAACGCUCCAAAAGCUAAAGCAAAAAAAAAAAAAC